AUGACGAACAAUUCUCAAAAUACUCUUUUCUCAAUAGAUUCAUCAUGCUCUCGGUGUACACUUUCUGGGAGGCAUCGGCCCUAUCUCUGCUCAUUUACCCUCUCCUCCUUUCGCGACUCUUCUUCGCCCAGUUACCACCAGCAGCCAGCCUCAGUCUCUUGGCCGCCAUUUCCUUCACGUACCUGCGCUCACCUGUUCCCCGGUGAGCAGAUCGCCUCCAUUCACCACCCCCAACGCCAGGUAGGCCAGGCCACAGGCGGUGCCGAAGCAGAAUGGCAGCGAAAACCAGAUGAGCCCACCAAAAAUGAAGCCGUACACGGCCUGAUUCGGCUUGGCCGAAGCACUCGCCUGCCAAUAGGGUUGGUUGCUGAGGAUGAGGGAGAUGACGCCUGCAAAACAGGACAAAUUAAACAAGUCCAUUGA